AUGCCUUCGUUUAAUCAAGAAAUUAACGUUGAUCUUAAUUCCAAUGAAAAUUGCUUGUAUAAGAUUGAUUCAAAAGAGGAAAAGAAAGAAGAAGUGAAGUAUGUCGCCAACGACGUAGUAAGUAACGGAGUGCCAGAAGGCCUUAACGAUGAUCAGAAGCUAGCCUUUGCAUUAAGAGAUUUUUUGGGACCGUCAAAUGCUGUCUUGGACGAAGAAGAGCCAUCUCCAUCCAACAUUGAGCAGAAACUGCCUUAUAUCGAUGAGGUCGUUGAUAAUGAAGAGGCUGCACAAUCCGAUGACGAGCCGACUCAAAGUUAUGAAACAGAUGAAGUACUUAAUAAUGCUGCAUGCCGACUUAGACGAUGGCGAGCGGCGUCAAGAAAACUUCGUCGUCCGCGAAUUAUUAAUAAUUUAAAUACAAAAGAGGGUUGCAACGGUGGAGUAAAAACAGUUAAUAGCCAUACAGAUCUGGCUGACCGUUUGCGGAGUUUAGCAGCAGCAAGUAAUAUGUCAGCAUCAGCAGGGGAAUUGCUGUCUCUGGCGCCACCACCCCCGGCCGCGACCGCACCGCCAUCGCCGGGAUGUCUCCUUACACCUUCACUAGCAGACCAGAGUUCAUCAGAAUAUUUCGGUUCGAGUCCGGAAUGCUGUGCUGACAAUAGCAGCCAGAAGAGUGGUUCUGUGGGCACCCCUCUCCCACCUCCUGGACCACGCUACAAGCUGGCCACAGAAGGCGCCCUCAGGAUCUGCAGUUUCCAACACACAAGGACAGUCGUCGACAAGAUCCUUGGAGCAAAAUUCUUCAGGAAAUGGGAAACACACGUACUGUGUUUGCUAGAAUAUCACAUUGUAUCUAAAACUCCUUCUGGUCUUUUGGAAAGACCGUUGACGUAUAGCUGCAUGCAGGAGGUUUAUUGCAUCACAAGAUGGGAUCAAGCGAGGAAAUACUGCCUUCGCAUUGUUAUGCCACACGGAUCGAUUCUCUUACAGGCAAACGACGCUUACACAAGGGACCAAUGGUAUUACUCAAUAAUAUGGAGGAAAAACAUGAUAAGGUACAGAAAUUUCUUGACCAAAUCAGUGAGGAAAGAAGUCGUAUUCAAAGAGCUUAAGAAUAUGGUGGAUUUUGUGAUGACAACACCGUUACAAGACGAAAGUGUUACAAGAACUCCUCUUCAAAUCCUGACCGAUCUACUUCAGAAAACAAAGAUAACUCAGAUUGGGAGGAGUGGACGGAAACGGCGGCUAGCGUUGCGGCUCCACUGUUAG